AUGAGUUUUGUCAACAACUCCCGCAUGUCCGUCUACUCGACGGCAUCUGCCUCGGCAUCGCGACCGGGGAAUUCGCCUUCGCAGAUAUCCACCACCACCCUGCUCAACACUCUCAACUCGGCAUACAAGAACGGACGCUCAUACAAUCUCGAGGCCAGCACCAGUCUGGUUGUCAACACUUGGGUCAAUGCAAAGAGCAUCAUUGACGAUCGCAUUGGUGGCACAGUCGACCUCGAGCUGGGGCGAAAGGCUUGGGAGCAUGCUCGCCGGAGAGCUGAGGAUGGCUGUAUAGUCCUGGCUUCGCUGCACGACUCGAGCCCCUCGCUCUUCUCUCCCUUCGUUUCCAGCCUGCCUCUGUCACUUCCAGGCAACUUCUACACCGCGCUCGAGGCCCUCAAAGCCUUCACACACUGCGUCACCCCGCUGAACCCCUCCACUCCCCGUUACUCAGCAUUGGCCGCCGUCUUCACCAUCAACCUCGCUGGCGCUGUCGUCGGAGCCGAGAUCAAGCUAUCCACAUCCGGCUUGGACGUUCAACAAGGCCUGCUCCAAGUUCCUGGACAGAGUGGCUUCCGUGCCUUCGAUGUCUUCUACUACCUGAACUCCAGCUCGGCAUCCAGGCAAGAGAGGGAAUACCUGGAUAUCCAAUCCUUGGACAAAUAUGCCCUCCUCCGACGAUCCGGAACAUACGAUCCUCCAAGCUACCUCCCCGACGCCGAUGAUGCCGCCGCAGCUGAAGACUUCCGCUCAAACCUAAAGGCAAUUGGCAUCAAGGGGCAAAAGCUGACCAGUCUCAUUAGCUGUCUCACAGGGCUAAUGAAGCUCGGCAACACCCUCGACUAUUUCAUGGAUGAAGAAUCGCUCGCUUCCGUAUGCGAGGAUGUCGAGACGCUUAUGGAUCUACCCGACGGUACCCUUCGCCACAAGCUGGGCUCCAACGAGCGCGAGAUCGCUAUCGGCGGCAUCUAUGAAGCCAUCGUCGACUACGUUAUUGCCCACGCCAACGCCUCGAUCAAGGAAGAUAUCCGCCGUGCCAAGUCCGGAUUCGCCAUGGACGACAGUGACGGCAGCGGCAUGAUGACACCUGACGAGUCUGAAGAUGGAGACAUUGUCAACAUCACUGUUGUCGAGAUCCCCAGUCGUUCUCUUGCCAAAGCGAUUGCGCUACGCACCGUCUUCGACGACAGCGAAGGCAUCAACGCCGAGAUGCGAGACGAUGGUGUACAAGUACCACCUGUUGGUAACUCCGUUCUUGAGGGUAUGCGCGAGGCCAUACAAAGCUGCACGGUAGAGCUUGGCCUCAAUGGGCCCGCCCUCCGCGAAAAAGAAGCUGAUUUGGAGAAGCGGGAGGCUGUAUUGGAUAAGCUUGCCCUGGAGAUUGCGGAUGAGGACAACUUUUUAAAGAAGACGCUCUACCCGGUACCCAACAGUGGCGUGGUCCUAGGCAAGCACGGCCGUUUCGACCUGGCCAUGACAGUUGCUAGUAGCAGAGUUUGGUUCCAGCUGGCAAUCCAUCCCUCAGAUUCCAUCCCCACCUCGCUGAACCAAGACCUCAACUCUACUUGGCAGGCCGGCGUGGUAUCCCGACAACUUCGCGAGUGGCGACUGCCCGAGUGGGCGAACCGUCGCAACCGCAACCUCGACUUCACCGCCGAUUUCGAUCACCACGAAUUCUACGACCGAUACGCUCCGCUAGGCUGCAUGGACGGCCAAGAGGGUAUCCAGAACUGGAUUUUGCAACGCGGCUGGAGUAACGGUGAAGUCAUGGUAGGCAAGGAGCGCGUCUGGGUUAGGGAAGGCACAUGGUGGGAGGCGGAAUCGCAGCUCGACCUGAAGACGCAAGAAAUGGGUGGUUCUCCCAACAUGCUUGGAGGCAUGAUUGGAGCUGCCGGCAUGGAAAAUGGAUACCCCACUCAGCUCCCACCUACAGCAAGUGCAUUCUUUCCACCUCUUCCGGACAUGUCUGCGACUCCGCAGAACCCCUUUCAAAGUUCUACAAGUCUGGCCGUGCCCGGUGCAGCAGAUGCCAAAUCAAUUGCACCAACUACACGCACUCUUCCCACGACGGCUCCUGGUGAUUACGGUCUGGGAAUGAAGGGUGACGAGAACAAAGGUGUCACUUACUACGACAUGGAGUCAGGUGGUAAUGCCGUCGUCACUGAAACCCCUCUGACCGGUUCUCGAAAGAUCUGGGUCGCCUUCGUCUGGGCCCUUACCUUCUGGGUCCCUUCACCGUUUCUCAACUGGUUUGGUCGUAUGAAGCGACCUGAUGUGCGCAUGGCAUGGCGUGAGAAGCUCGUCUUGUUCAUGCUCAUCAUGUUGCUAAACGCCACCAUCGUUUUCUAUAUUGUCGCUUUCGGUAAACUCUUGUGCCCAAACAAGGACAAGGUCUGGAACACGAAGGAAGUAUCGGCGCAUCAAGGCGAGGAUGACUAUUUCGUCAGUCAUCGCGGUGUUGUUUAUGACCUGACUUCUUUCUGGAAAAAGCAGCACAGCGACUCCAACACCGAGGCUACUCGGGAUCGAAUGAUGGAAAUGGCAGGCGCCAACAUGGACCCAUACGUCGUUCCUCCGCUAUGGAUUGCUUGCCCCAACCUGAUCCCGGAAACCGAUCAAAACAAGGUCCUACAAUUGACUUUCAACGAAUCAACGGCUGAGAGCCUCAAUGCAAUCGCUGUUCACAAGUCUGGUUCGAUGACAAAUAUGCCAGACAGCAACGCUUUGAAGAGCGAGACAUGGUACCCCGACGUCUUUCUCCCUGCUAUGAAGGAAUUCAGGAAAGGAGAUCUCGUCUGGGAAGAGAGCAAGAUCAAGGAUGAAGGUGAAGAUCUGAAUCACAUGUGGUUCAGGCUCGACGAGAGGGUCUACGACUUGACUGACUACUUCGCUACAAUCGACUAUAUGCAAAACCAGCCUCAGUACAACUUCCUCGACGCCAAGCUAAUUGAUAUGGUAAAGAGCAACGCUGGCCAGAAUCUGAAGGAGGACUGGAAUAACAACCUCAACAAGACUACGCAACAGAACAAUCUGCAAUGUCUGGAAAACUUGUUCUACGUUGGCAGAACUGACUUCCGCAAGACGGUCAAAUGCCAGGUCAAUGACUACAUUCUACUCGCCUUCGCCAUCAUUAUCUGCACGGUCGUUGUCAUCAAGUUUUUGGCUGCCCUUCAAUUGGGUUCACGGAAACGUCCCGCGAACCAGGACAAGUUCGUUAUCUGCCAAGUGCCGGCUUAUACCGAAGGCGAGGAUUCGCUCCGAAAAAGUUUGGACUCCCUGACCGCCCUCUCUUAUGACAACAAACGAAAGCUCAUCUGCGUCAUUUGCGACGGAAUGAUCGUUGGUGGCGGUAACGAUCGCCCUACACCCAAGAUUGUACUGGACAUCCUUGGCGUUGACCCCAAGGUCGACCCUCCUGCGCUUCCAUUCUGGUCGGUGGGUGAAGGCAGCCAGCAGCUCAACUACGGAAAGGUUUAUUCGGGUCUAUACGAGUUCGAAGGCAAUGUGGUACCAUACAUCGUCGUUGUCAAGAUGGGCAAGGAGUCGGAACAGCAUAAGUCUAAGCCAGGUAACCGAGGAAAGCGCGACUCCCAAAUCUUACUCAUGAGUUUUCUUAACCGCGUCCACCACCGUUCCGCUAUGAACCCCUUGGAGCUGGAAAUGUUUCACCAAAUCAAUAAUAUCAUUGGUGUUGACCCAGAGCUAUACGAGUAUCUGCUCAUGAUCGACGCCGAUACUAUGGUCAAGCCCGAUGCUCUCAAUCGUCUUGUAGCAGCUUGCGCCCACGACUCAAAGAUUGCCGGUAUAUGUGGAGAGACGAGCUUGGAGAACGAAGACAGGUCAUGGUGGACUAUGAUCCAAGUUUAUGAGUACUACAUCUCGCAUCAUCUGUCCAAGGCCUUUGAGAGUUUGUUUGGUAGCGUCACCUGUUUGCCUGGAUGUUUCACCAUGUACCGUCUACGUACAGCCGACAAAGGCAAGCCUCUCAUCAUCUCGGACAAAAUCAUCAAGGACUACGCCGACUGUGUUGUGGACACGCUGCACAAGAAGAAUCUUCUCUCGCUUGGUGAGGAUCGUUAUCUGACCACUCUGAUGACGAAGUACUUCCCUGCUAUGUCUUACAAGUUCAUCCCUGAUGCGUACGCUCUUACGGCUGCUCCUGACACCUGGAGCAUUCUGCUCUCCCAGAGACGUCGAUGGAUUAACUCGACUAUCCACAACUUGGCCGAACUUGUCUUCCUUAAGGACCUUUGCGGUUUCUGCUGUUUCUCUAUGCGAUUCGUCGUCUUCAUCGACCUCUUCGGUACCCUUAUCCUUCCAUCUAUCUGCGCGUACCUGGUGUAUCUCGUCUACACUGUCUCCACCGGCACGGGCCAAUUCCCCAUGCUCUCCAUCGUCAUGUUGGCAGCUGUCUACGGUCUCCAGGCGCUCAUCUUCAUCAUCAAGCGACAAUGGCAACAUGUUGGAUGGAUGAUCAUCUACAUCCUAGCCUUCCCCAUUUACUCUCUCGCCCUUCCUAUGUACUCUUUCUGGAAGCAAGAUGACUUCUCGUGGGGUAACACCCGUGUCGUCAUUGGCGAGCAAGGAACUAAGCAGGUUCUCACUACGGAUGACGAAGGUUUCGAUCCCAAGGCCAUUCCUAUGAUGCGAUGGGACGAGUACGCCGAGCGCAAUGAACUCCCCGGACGUCGCGGUCUUCCUGGUAUGAGUACCGAGAAGGGUGGAUUCAGCGCAUACGAAGACGAAGCGUAUGAGAUGAACGACAUGCAAUCUGUCUACUCCUCGGUCAAACCUGCCUCUACCAUCAUGUCCAAUAUGCAGCACAUUUCGCACAUGCCUCCGCAGUCGCCUGGUCCGUACCAAGGCAUGCAGACGCGUCAAUCGACCUACUCGAACUUGUCCCGCUACCAAGACAACCCGCACCAGAACCGCGUCAUGUCUAUGAGCAACAUGAGCGACAUGUACAAUGGCAACAACGCCUCGCCAUACGGCCAACGACAAAGCAUGGGCGGCUUCCAGAGCUCAGACAACCUGAUGACUUCGUCUACACCACCUGUUCGUGGACGCAGUCCCCUUAGCUAUGGCGCGAGCAUGUCACGGCCUGGUAGCACAACCAACUUCCAGAGCAUGAUGAACGGACCAACUGACGGCCAAAUCAUCGAGACUGUCCAGGCGUGUCUCAAAGACGCCGACCUUGACAAGGUCACUCGUAAGCAGAUCAUUGCGCUUGCGGAGCAGAGGCUACAGAUGCAGCUCAGUGGCGAGAGGAAAAUUUUCCUUACUCAAGCCAUUGACCAUGAGCUUGCCAACAUGGGAUAA